AUGAAGCUGUUGGCCCUUACUCCUGCCCUUAUGGGCCUGGUCGCUUUCGCUCAAGCUUCCACCAUUACCUAUACAACUGUUACUGGCUAUUUCUUGCAGGAUGAGACUGCCACCGAUGCUUCAACUUUCGAUUACACAGCCGUGAACUUUGGUCUCCUCAACCGCACCUAUCCCGCCGAUCAUGAACUUAAACACGCCAAGGAUCUCACCCAGUGGGAGCGCUUCUACCACCAGGUAGAGAAGCUGAAUGAUGAAUCCCACAGUGAUGUGGAGUACAAGGUGCUCUUCCUGGGCCGCCACGGCGAGGGUUGGCACAACGCUGCCCAGACUUACUAUGGCGACGCAGCCUGGAACUGCUACUGGGCCGAAAUGGACGGCAACGGCACCGCAACCUGGAAUGACGCCGAGCUCACCACAAAUGGUGUCGAUCAAGCCCUAGUCGCCCACAACUUCUGGCAAAAGGAGAUUGACGAACAGCGCAUCCACACACCAGAUAACUACUUCGUCAGCCCAUUGACCCGCACCCUCCAAACCGCCAACUACACUUUCACAGGCCUGGAGUUUCCCAAGGGCAGCGCCAAAUUCAAGCCUCUCAUCAAGGAGCUCUUCCGCGAGGGAAUCAGCAUCCACACCUGCGACCACCGUCGUGACCGCAGCUACAUCCACGACCUCUUCCCCGAGUGGCCCAUCGAGAAGGGCUUCAGCGAAGAAGACGAGCUUUGGAACGGCGUUACUGCCGAAACGAGUGCUGCGCAGGACGUUCGUAGCGAGACCGUGCUUGACCAGGUGUUCUUCACUUCUGCGUCUAGUAAGAAGGAUUUGUUCGUAUCUGUUACCUCGCACUCCGGUGAGAUUUCUUCUAUCUUGCGGGUUGUUGGACACCGUACUUUCAGCUUGAAUACUGGUGCUGUCAUUCCUGUGCUUGUGAAGGCUGAGAAGGUUCGGAAGGCUAAGGCUACCACUACGUCCGUUGCUUGGACUACUAGUGCUCAUUGCACUGUGCCCCCUGUUACUUCUGUCACAGCUUGUGUUUGCCCUUCUAGUGCUGUGCCGGUCACCACUCCUUUGGUCACUGAUGUUUAA